AUGCCCCAGAACGAGUAUAUCGAGCAACAUAUAAAGCAGCACGGGCGCCGGCUCGACCACGAAGAGCGGAAACGCAAGCGCGAGGCCAGAGAAGGCCACCGCAUCGCUAAGGACGCCCAGACGUUGAAGGGAUGGAGAGGGAAGCAAUUCGCCAAAAAGAGAUACCUGGAGAAGGUGGCGCUCAAAAAGAAGAUCAAAGCGCACCAGGAGCUGAAGGUGAAUGGUCCGGCCACUCCCGUGGACAAUUCCGAGGCGUUGCCCACUUACCUUUUGGACCGUCAGACCAAUAACUCCGCCAAGGCGUUGUCGUCGCUGAUCAAGCAGAAACGGUUGGAAAAAGCCGACAAGUUCUCGGUGCCGUUGCCCAAAGUGCGGGGGAUCUCGGAAGAAGAGAUGUUCAAGGUGGUGAAGACGGGGAAACUGAAACUGAAGCUGUGGAAGCGGAUGAUCACCAAACACACGUUUGUCGGCGAGGGAUUCACCAGACGACCGGUAAAGGUGGAAAGAAUCAUCAGACCGCUGGCAUUAAGACAAAAGAAAGCCAACGUCACCCACCCGGAGCUUGGCGUCACCGUCUUCUUGCCGAUUCUCUCGGUGAAGAAGAACCCUCAACUGCCGAUGUACACUCAAUUAGGGGUAUUGACCAAGGGGACGAUUAUCGAAGUGAACGUGUCGGAAUUGGGGUUGGUCACUGCCGGUGGUAAAGUGGUGUGGGGUAAAUACGCCCAGAUCACCAACGAACCCGAUCGGGAUGGGUGUGUCAACGCCGUGUUGCUCGUGUAA